AUGCGAGGAGAGAUCUGCCACCUUCACAUCGGCCAAGCUGGUACCCAGCUGGGUAACAGCGCCUGGGAGCUGUACCUCCUCGAGCACGGUCUGCUUCCCGAUGGUCGCCCCAACCCCGAUGCGAAGGAGCUUGGUGAGGGCGGUUCCUACGAGACCUUCUUCACCGAGACUGGCAGCGGCAAAUACGUCCCCCGUUCCAUCUUCGUCGACUUGGACCCUUCGCCAAUCGACGAAAUCCGAACCGGCGCCUACCGCCAAUUGUUCCACCCUGAGCUGUUGAUCAGCGGCAAGGAGGAUGCUGCCAACAACUAUGCUCGUGGCCACUACACCAUCGGCAAGGAGAUGGUCGACAGCGUCAUUGAGAAGAUCCGUCGCGUUGCUGACAACUGCUCCUCGCUCCAAGGUUUCCUAAUCUUCCACUCUUUCGGUGGCGGUACCGGUUCCGGUUUCGGCGCGCUUCUCCUUGAGCGCCUCAGCACCGACUACGGCAAGAAGUGCAAGCUCGAGUUCGCCGUCUACCCAGCUCCCCGCGUCUCCACCUCGGUCGUCGAGCCCUACAACGCCGUUCUGUCGACACACAGCACCAUUGAGAACUCCGACUGCACCUUCCUCGUUGACAACGAAGCUGUCUACGACAUCUGCAGACGCAGCUUGGACAUUCCCCGUCCCAACUACGAGCAUCUCAACCGCCUCAUCGCCCAGGUUGUUAGCUCCAUCACCUCGUCUCUGCGCUUCGAUGGUGCGCUCAAUGUCGACUUGAACGAGUUCCAGACCAACCUUGUGCCGUACCCGCGUAUCCACUACCCGCUCAUCAGUUACGCGCCUGUCAUCUCGGCCAAGAAGAGCUCCCACGAGAGCUUCAAGGUCUCUGACCUUACCUUCCAGUGCUUCGAGCCCAACAACCAAAUGGUUGUCUGUGACCCUCGCAACGGAAAGUACAUGGCCGUUGCCCUCCUUUACCGUGGUGACAUCGUCCCCCGCGACUGCUCCGCUGCCGCUGGUGCGCUCAAGGCCAAGUCGUCCUUCAACUUGGUCGAAUGGUGCCCCACUGGUUUCAAGCUCGGAAUCAACUACACCAAGCCCAUCUCUGUUCCCGGCUCCGAACUCUCCUCGGUCGACCGUUCCGUGGCCAUGUUGUCCAACACUACUGCCAUCGCGGAAGCCUGGUCCCGCCUCGACCACAAGUUCGAUCUCAUGUACAGCAAGCGUGCGUUUGUGCACUGGUAUGUUGGUGAGGGUAUGGAGGAGGGUGAGUUCAGCGAGGCGAGAGAAGAUCUUGCAGCCCUUGAGAAAGAUUACGAAGAAGUGGCUUCUGAUUCGCUUGACGAUGAGGUUGAGGAGGGUGAGUACUAA